AUGUAUCGAUUAAGUGUGGUUCUCAGUUUGCUGGUGGCAGCAUGUGUGGGGCGAAAAUUUCCGCCAGGAUUCAAAUUCGGGGCAGCAACCGCGUCCUAUCAGGUAGAAGGUGCCUGGAAUGUUAGCGACAAAUCACCAAGUAUAUGGGACACAUUUACCCAUGACAAUCCAGAUUUAAUCGCCGACAAAUCGAAUGGUGAUGUGGCCUGUGACUCGUACCGCCUGUGGGAAACAGAUAUAGGCUUAGCCAAGGACCUGGGUCUGGAUUUUUACAGAUUCUCAAUAUCGUGGCCCCGAUUACUACCCAACGGCCAUUCCAAUUACGUAAGCGAAGAUGGGAAGCGAUAUUACAACAAUUUGAUAAACGGUCUUAUUGAGAAUGGAAUUGAACCAGUGGUCACCUUAUACCAUUGGGACCUACCACAAAAACUGCAAGAAUUUGGUGGUUGGACAAAUCCUGAUCUAGCAAGUUCAUUUGAGGAAUACGCGGAUGUCGCCUUCGGUCUUUUUGGAGAUCGGGUCAAGACCUGGUUAACUUUUAACGAGCCGGUUAGCUUCUGUGAAAUAUCGUAUGAAGCUGGAAAAACUGCACCCGGCGUCGCUUUACCUGGAAUAGGAAAUUAUAUAUGUGCUAAGGUUGUGAUGCUGGCUCAUGCGAGAGCUUACAGGCUAUACGAUACAAAGUUCAGGGCAAAGUAUCGGGGAAAGGUUGGUCUCACGAACCAACACCUCUGGUUUGAACCAAAGAACUCUGGCGAAGAAGAGAACGCAGAGCUUAUGCGGAAUCUAAUGGCAUUAUACUCUUAUCCUAUUUACUCGAAGACUGGUGGGUGGCCUCCUAGUGUUGAGAAAAGAAUCGCUGAGAUAAGUGCAAAACAAGGAUACAGUCGAUCCCGCUUGCCCGAAUUCACACCGGAAGAAAUUGAAUUUAUUAAAGGUACAUAUGACUUUUAUGGUCUCAACUACUACACCUCGCGAUUGGUUGAGACUGCUAAGCCAGGCGAAAAGCUCACCUGGUUUCCACUGUCGGGCAGCUCGGAAUUCGGUUUGGCAUUAACAGCUGAUCCUAGCUGGAAGGCUGGUCUUGCGUGGCUGGUUAGCUACCCUCCAGGUUUUCGCCGUCUGUUGCUUUGGCUGAAGCAGCAGUUCGGUGAUAUCGAAUUCAAGAUUAUGGAGAAUGGGUACGCAACAUCCGAACCCGUUAUGUAUGAUGAGGAAAGAGUAAACUACUACAGGGACCAUCUGGAACAGGUGCUGCUUGCUAUAAACGAGGAUAAAGUCUUUGUAACGGCCUACACUGCGUGGUCUCUUAUUGACAACUAUGAGUGGACUAGUGGAUACACGUCAAGAUUCGGCUUAGUGAACGUUGACUUCAACGACCCGAAUCGCAAGCGGACCCCUAGAGCCUCCGCCCACUAUUACGCGGCUGUGAUAAAGAGUCACUCACUUGACCUUUCACAGUCGCGUGGAUAUUAA